AAUUUACCUCAAUUCAAACGAAAUUUCUCCACGUAACGCAAGCGUGCAUUUUAUCGUUUCUUUUACGAUUUUCUGUAUAUUUAUUAAAUCGCUUUUGAAAUGAACCCGUGAAAUCUUAAAUCUGGAGUAUAAUAUACAAUAGCAAUAUAAUCCACUUCUACAAUGAAGACAUUAACACUUCUUCUGGUUGCUGCAUUUUCAAUUAAUAACUGUAUAUGUGUGGAUAGAAAUAAUUUUAAAACAUGCGAUCAGUCCGGAUUUUGUAAAAGAUUACGUCCUCUGAAGCCUGAGAAAUCUCAAUACACUUUGAAUGUAGACAGUGUUUUCGUGCACGGUAACGUUCUUUCGGCAGAAGUAAUCACAGUUAAUUAUGAUGGAGAAAAGAAAAAUGUUGAGUGGCAUUAUGCUCUCCGCCUAUCAGCACUUGUUGAUGGCACUUUUCGUGUUGAGAUAGAUGAGGCUGAACCAUUGUACCCUCGAUACAGAUCCAUGGUUGCUCUUGAUGGGGAACCAAAGGGGGACACAUUGAAAUUGAUAUCAAAUGAAAAUGGUAAACUGACACUUAAAAACUCACAAGGGCACAAAGUAAUUAUUACAGCUGAGCCUCUCAAAUUUGAGUUCCUUGAUAAGAAUGGUGAACCAGCAGUUGUGUUGAAUGACAAUGCUCAGCUAUUUGUAGAGCCACUGAAGGUUAGAAAUGGGGAUGGAGAGGAUACUGAUAUAGAAGGUUCAUUGGCAGAGAACUUCAAAUCUCAUCAUGACAGUAAACCAAGAGGAAACGAAGCUGUCUCCAUCGAUGUGGCGUUCCCUGAUGCGGAGCAGGCUUAUGGUAUCCCGGAACAUACGGACGGAUUCCAUCUUAAGACCACGACAUCUGGUGAACCAUACAGAUUGUACAACUUGGAUGUGUUUGAGUAUGAACUCGACAGUCGUAUGGCUAUAUACGGCUCUAUUCCUGUUAUGUAUGCUCAUGGGCCAAAGCGUUCAGUGGGUGUAUUCUGGCACAAUUCAGCUGAGACAUGGAUCGACGUGGUCAACUAUGGAGAAGGGAAUGUGGUCUCUUCUUUGGUCAAUCUGGUCACGGGUGGACAGAAGAGACGCGUGGAUGCCAGGUUUAUGAGUGAAAGUGGUGUGGUGGACAUCUUUGUACUAAUGGGUGAUGCGCCGUCUGAUGUGUACCGUCAAUACUCGACGCUUACUGGAGUCACACCUUUACCACCGAAAUUUUCUCUGGCGUACCACCAGUCCAGAUGGAAUUAUGUUGAUGAAGCUGAUGUGAGGUCUGUGGAUGAGGGAUUCGAUUCUCAUGACAUACCGUUGGAUGUUAUCUGGCUGGAUAUUGAAUACACUGACAACAGGAAAUAUUUCACCUGGCACCCGAUAAAAUUCGCUCAUCCAGCUGAAAUGGUGGGGAACCUAACAGCCAAAGGAAGGAAGAUGGUGGUCAUCAUUGACCCGCACAUAAAGAGAGAGGCCGGCUACUUCUUCCACGAGGACUGCACCGAACAGGGACUGUAUAUUAAGAACAAGGAUGGAAAUGAUUAUGAAGGUUGGUGCUGGCCCGGUUCGUCAUCAUACCCUGACUUCCACAAUCCAGCUGCCUUCAAGUACUUUGCGGAAAGAUACCGUUUUGAAAACUUCCCAGGGACAAAUAAGGAUGUCCAUAUUUGGAACGAUAUGAAUGAGCCCAGUGUAUUCAAUGGCCCCGAGAUAACAAUGCCCAAAGACAAUCGUCACUACAAGCCCUCUCAAGACGGACAAGAUGGCCUUGCCUCUUUCUGGGAACACAGACAUAUUCACAACGAGUACGGUGUAUGGCACAUAAUGGCGACGCACCAGGGAAUGUUGGACCGAACCAACGGAAAGUACAGGCCUUUUAUUCUAUCUAGAGCGGUCUACUCCGGCACACAGAGAUACGCUGCAGUAUGGACAGGUGACAAUAUGGCGGAAUGGGGAUUCCUUCUCGCCUCGAUAUCUAUGUGUUUGUCUCUCGCGAGUGCCGGGGUCAGCUUUUGUGGGUCAGACGUGGGUGGAUUCUUCAAGUACCCCGAAGCAGAGUUGAUGACGAGGUGGUAUCAGGCGGCAGCUUUCCAACCGUUCAUGCGCGCUCACUCCCACAUUGAGACGAAACGUCGUGAGCCAUGGCUGUACGACGCGACCACCACAUCGCGAUUGAGGGACGCAGUUAGGCGGAGAUACGCCCUUUUGGACCUCUGGUAUACGUUGUUCUACGAACACACUUUGGACCGUGUGCCCGUUAUGCGUCCAUUAUUGACCCAUUACCCCAAGGAGGAGCAGACAUACACUAUUGACGACACAUAUUUAUUGGGUGACAAAUUGCUAAUUCGUCCCGUUGUUGAGCCCGGUGUGUCCAGCGUAAAAGUGUAUUUACCGGGAAGGGAUUCCCAUACCGUUUGGUACGACGUUGACUCCUUCCAACGCCAUGAAGCCAACGGAUAUUUCACACAAGAAGUCACUAUUUCCAAGAUUCCAGUGUACCAGCGCGGUGGCAGUAUAAUACCGCGUAAGGAGCGCGUGCGCAGAUCGUCUGCCUUGAUGGAAGAUGAUCCGUACACUUUGGUUGUGACCCUCGAUAUUAAUAACACGGCCACUGGCACCCUGUAUAUAGAUGACGGAGAGACAUAUGACUUCAAGUCUAAUAAAUUCAUUUACGCUAAAAUCACAUACGAACAGACGGCCAUGAAGUAUAUUAUUACAAACAGCGGUAACUACCCGACACGCUCCUGGCUGGAACGAAUUGUAAUCGCCGGAAUCAAAUCUCCGCCUAAAUCCGCAAAACUCAUCCAAGAUGGUAAAUCCACUGCCCUUCAAAUGACAAUCCAUCGCGGUAACGAUGUGCUCGUGGUACGCAAACCGGCCGCACUCAUGGCCAAAGCUUGGGAAAUACAAUUCUCAUAUUAAGAAAUAGUUUAAUUUUCAACCCCUAAAUGGAGUCAUAGACAAAUACUAUAUCACGUGACCACAAACUAGCGAUUAUGGUCCCCAAAAAUAGCUUACGCCUGUCAAUCACAAAAUUGGUAAUAAUGCUCGCAGAUAGCUCACGAAUGGUCACGUGAUCAAUUACAAACUGCCGAUGUACGCAAAGAUAUUUGUCUAAGGCCCCAGGUUUGUCCCUAAUAGAUCAAGAUUUUUAGGCGGAUCAUAGAUUGAAAGACAAGUCUUUAAAUCCAAUAGACACUAGUUUAAUUUUACCAAAUCACUGAACCUUAAUCUUAUAAAAAAUAUAUAAGAUAAUUUUUCUACCAUCAUGCUCUUAGGGUGAAAUUCGGUUCGUUUAGUGCUUAUUAUUACUACGUCAAUACGUUUUUGACAUACGAGAGUCAUACUUAGCGCUAAACAACUUAAUCUUACCCUUAUACUGAAGGGUGUAUAAAAAUAAAGCAUAAUGAAGGCAUAGUUACUGUCAAACCCGGAUGGCACGAUAGUAUAUUAUCUCUCUCUAACAUCACCUAAAUGAAAAAGAGGACAGCAUCUAAACAAAUGAGUAGACAAUAUAUCAUUAUUUGUUUUAAGUAAUUUCAGGUCUUAACUGUAAUCUGUAGCAAUUAAUACAUUUUUUUAUAAUUCAGUAAAUUUUAACUGUAAGAAAAACAUGCUUGUAGGCUUUGUUUUCGUCCCCAAACCAUAGACGAAAGUCAAUCCACAGAUAUAGCUAACUGCUUAUUUGUCCCUUUGUCAAAUUGUGAGCAAGCUUUGACGUAGACAAAAGAGUUUAGUUAAAAAGAGUAUUCAUUUAGUUUUAUUUAGGUAUAUGCAAUGCUUUUUUUCUGUCGCUACACAUGAAACGCCAAAUAAAGACAAGCUGAAGUCAGCCCUUGUAUGAAUUAACUACGGUGUAUCGAAAACCUUGAAACGAUUUAGAUAAUUAUGAACCUUCGCUCUUAGUGUCGUUCGUUUAUCAACCUUAGGUUAAACACAUGAGGUUCAAAUUUCUUCUAAAUAUUUCGAGGAUUUCAAACGACCUAGUACAAUAUUGUAUCAUUCAUUUUAAUGUGAAGUAAUUUGUACUUGACAGUACAGUCAAAUGAACAAAUUGUAUUAUGAGGUAUUUGUUUAAAAAUGUAAACUUUAAAACCAGUUUUAAACGAAUACCUCAUUAAAAUUAUGGAAUGUAUCUUGUGAUAAUAAAAAGAAUUUUAAAAUU